GCUGUCACUUUAUAUGUAUGGUCAAUUUUUUGUGUAUCUAAUUUAGCUUCUUUCUAUCUCAUGCACAGUUUUCUGUUAAGUAUAAACUGAUGCAGGCUCCCAGGGUUGAAUUAGAUUUGUAGUCUUUAUCUUAGUCAACUCUUCUAACUACAUACUGGAAUUAAUUAAAAAAUUUCAGGUCCCACGAAGAUAUGUCUUUGAAGAUGAUAGACUACAUUGUUGAUGAGCAUGGCAUUGAUAUUGAUUCUGACUGUCUGAAGAAAGUGAAGGUCAAAUGAAUAUUUUAUCUCAUGAUGCGUUUUUACAUUAAAAUUUAAUGCACUCUUAGAUCAGAUAUUCUCUCCCCAUAAAGAUGCAAUCUCAGCACUAAAAAAUUUCAGGCUAGGAUAAAUUACCCCAAGGUUGUCUUUCUUCAUGGCAUAAUUUACUACGGUUUGGAAUUUUUUCUUGAGCUGUGCCUUGUGCUUUCAAAAUUAUAUUAUGUAAGAUUGACAAAUUUCAUGUUGUUUAUUGUUUCAAGAUCUUUAUUUUCAGUUUGUUGUGGAGCUUUAUUUUGGAUUCAAGGGAAAUGAUAGUUGCUUCUGAGGAAGGUAAUUCAGUGAGCUCGAAGGAGAAGCAGUUCUUGUAUGACAUUGUUGCUAAUGGGUGAAAUGGAAUAGAUGUUGACAAGUAACUGGCCCCCUCCCCUUUUACUUUCUUCAGAUGAAACUUAAAUUAUGCACUUGCAGCUGCAUUACAUGAAUCAAUCUUUUUGCAGAUUCGAUUACAUAGAGCGUGACACCAGAGCUUGUGGUCUUGGGUGCAAUUUUCAGUUCCAGAGGCUACUGGAAACAAUGCGUGUUAUAGACAAUGAAAUAUGUUAUCGCCCGAAGGAAUAUCUUACAAUCCACAAGCUAUUUUCCACACGUGCUGAUUUGCAUCGUACGGUCUAUAUGCAUCCAAAAGUGAAGGCAAUAGAGCUCAUGGUUGUAGAUGCCUUGAUAAAAGCCAAUGACCAUCUUCAAAUUGCUUCGUACAUAGACGAACCGGCUCAAUACUGGAUGUUAGAUGAUACAAUAGUCAAAAGAAUUGAAACUUCUACUGAUCGAGAGCUAGAGGAAUCCAGAAAUCUGAUUCGUCGAAUUCGAAGGAGGGAUAUAUACCAGGUAUAUAGUUGGAAAACAUCUAUAGCUUCAAGUUAUUUCCUAUUAUACAUGACCUAACGAUC